UAGCUACAUUUGGUCAUGGGGUGUCAGGUAACAUAUUCCCCUGUAAUUCAAUAUAGAAACAAAAUUUAAGCCGUCUUGCCCUCCUCCUCCUCAAAAUAUCUUGGCGUCGCUUCCGAUGAUGAAACAUGAUGUUAGUUGUCUGUAUUUGUCUUUCAUAUUUGAAAGGGCGGGAUUCCCCCUCUCGACAUCGACCAUCUUUGAGUGCGCCACAAAAUUAAUGACUGACAAGGCACUAUUAUUAUCUGCGUUGUUUUGUUUGUGUUUGUGUGCAGACUGUUGGCAGAUUCGAAGGAAAUAAUAUUGUCGGAAGAUAUGGACGAGAAUAUCAGUCAAGGUGUGAGGGAGAAUGUGACAGUUGGCAUCUGUACGUCAGCGUUGGAGUCCAAUAUCGAGGCUCUUUUAAACAAAGUCAAAAGUCUCCCAAAUGUAGCAGUUAAAUUUAUUCAGCUACCAUACAAUGAUCUAGACAGCUUUCGGCUUUCAAGUGAAGGACUUGAUGGUGUGAUCAUCUGUCAUUCUAUCAACAAUCGUCGUUUUGCAAUCACAGAUGUAAGAGAUGCACUCUAUGACAAGUUCUUGCCUCAUGUGAAAGAAGUGUUUGGAAAAGACAACGUCUGUGUUAUUGCACAUGACUUUCCAUGGCCAAUGGGACCAAGAGCCGAUGAUCAUGCUAUGAUCAAAGGAACCUACAUGGAUCGCUUUCGGAGCAAACAAUUCACAACCUUCGAGUGUUCCAAACUGGCCAUCAUCAGUGGUAAGCUGGACACUCAGAUGGACAUGGAUCAAGAGGAUUUGGAACAGUUUCAAGAAUUCAUCUAUCAAUGUUGGACCCAUCCACCAUAUCAUCACAUGUCCCACAAUAUUCCACCGCCUAAUCCUGACCCCAAUAAUUAUGUUAAGUUGACAGAUGUCUUGUUCUAUACCAUAGGGGGUGGAAUGUUUGCAUAUACAAUAUACCAGUUUCUCCCUGCUGAAGGAGCUUCUCCUCCUUUAGAGAGCAGUGCUCCAUCUAGAGGAACAGCAGGUUUUGUUCUAAGGCUUGUUCGUUGUCCUUUCAAGAUCAUGUUCAGCAUUGUUAAUUUGAUUCCUGCAUGGGCAAUUUCUAAUGAUGCCAGCCAGUCUCUCUGGGCUUUAUUCAAGCGUGAUGUUCUCGUGAAGACCAUUGAGAUGCCCAGGUCCUCCUUGGGUAUCUUCGGUCUAGUACCUUGGAUUUCUCUCAUGCCACUUCGACUGGUUUUCUAUUCAUCUAAGUUUGUCACUACCUGGGUCAUGAGAUGUUUCUGGGGCUUUUCAAAAUAUUGUUUGGUAACAGCAGGUGCAUACGUCAUGAUACCUGUGACUGUCAAACUGUGCUCCAUGGCGGUAGAUCGAAACCCAACACAAGGAAGCAACAGGACGGUGUCAGAUGGUGAGAACCGUAAUAAUUGGUCUGUGGCACCUUGGCGAAAAUUACCAUUCUUAUUUUGGCGUCAUGUUUUUGAUCUGUUCAAUCAGCUUGUCUUCAAUAAGUUCAAUAACGGUUAAGGACUAUGAAAUUGCUGUCGUGUUUAUGGAUAAAGAUCAUGGGAAUAUUCUUACAAAAGAUCACAAAUAUGAGAUAUGAAACAUGAACAUAAUUUAUGUCACAUGACAUUAUGGGGGUGGGGUUACUGGCAUGUGACGUCACAAAAUUGAAAUUUUACGGCUUGUACCAGCUAAUAAUGUCCCUCGUAUGGGCCACACAAUGAUGAACCAAUUCAAGUUUUAUAAAGUUUACAUAAUUUAGAAAGCUCAAAAUCUUACAGAUAUCGCUUCACUUUUUUUUCUUUACAAGCCCUUAUCAUGUUCCUGUAGCGGCAGUAUUUUACACUACAUUCUAAGUUUGAUAAUGGGAAAUGCACACGGAGGGACACAGAAUUUGCAUUCUUUUUAAUUACUUUUUUUUCUAUCAGGGUCAAGUUAGGAAUAAAAAGUCCUAUUUAUUGGUAAUGUUCACUUUCAUCAAGAGUAAUACACUUUAGGUUUUUCCUUCAUUUUCCAAGUUUGUACUCCUGCACCAUACUUCUCUUUUAAUUGGUGCACUGAUUCCUUUAUCAGAUAUCAAUAAUGAAAUAACGCUUCUCGCAUGAACAUUCUCAAAUUCGUGAUUGGACGAGCUCGGUCAGAUUAGGAAAAUUAGCUAUAUAGUUUUAUAAAUUUGAUUUGAUUCUGAAAUUAAUUCAGCCGUCUGUCAGAUUUGGCAUAAUACGAAAUUGAAAUAUCGUUUCCACAGCAAACUUUUGUAACAUUUAAGCAGGAAUGAGUUGAGUGUAUGUUUAAUUGUGUUCAAAGAAAACUGUUUUUAUAUCAUGAAGGGAGUUUUGAUUUCAAUUUAUUAGAUAACAAUCAAUUAAAUAAUACAUGUGAAAUCAACAAAUGAAAACUUGAGGAAAGCCUUACUCAGCUGCGUCAAUAUCAAGGUGAAUGCUGCAUGGUCUACCAAGCUUGGACUGUGCUCUUACUAGAGUUCACUUUGUCUAACCCAAAGAUAAUAAUUUUGAAAGAUUCGUGAUCACCCCAAAAUGAGAAAUCGACUGUCUUGGUGACAAAGUGAAAAAAGGUUAACACACUGGUUUAAAUGAAUAUUAAUUUGUGAUCGUAAGGUGUCGCAGGAAGCAGGAUUAUGAUCAUGCAAUGCUCAUUAAUGUUGUUGCAUAUACCAGGGCCCGUUUCAUAAAUCUCGACUGUGUGUUAUGAUAACAUGUUUGCAAUAACAUUUUAAAGCUGCUGAAAUCACUCAAUUGAUUAGUUGAUCUUAACUUGUCAUAGAAGCAUGUUUCAUUACAAUACGUUUUUGUGAAACUGUACAUUAGAAUUUAAACGUAUGUUUUUUUUUUUGUUUUUACAACUGCCCGGAUUUGCAGUGUAACUACUUUUUCCAUCUUACUCAGACAUUCAAAAUGCAAAAUGUAAAUUGUUUCUCUUUACUUGUGACAUUAAAUGAAACAUGAGGUUGAUUUGAUCUAAAAUUGUGAUAUUGUGAUUAUUAUACGUAGUAGAGUAUUAAUAUUAUUAGUACAUGUUAAUUAUUGUCAAUCAAUAUACCUCUAUUAUCAAUGAGUCAGGCAAAGGUUUUAACCAAACUAUGUGACAUGUGACUUUAAUGUGCACUCUCCCUAUUUUGUAUUGGGAGUGGAGUGACAGCCUCUUUGAUU